UGUCGCUAGAUUUUCUUUUCAAAGUUUUUUUUAGCAUCAAGUGAGUGACUAAAUACAUGUGUGGCUAUUGAAAGAAUGGUGAGUGUCAUUGUUGGCACUCUUUUUAAUAAACAAAAAAGCAGAAAACUAUCAAAAUCAAUAAUUUCAAGUGUAUUUAUCGUCACAAUUAUUACACAAAUUCAUGACCCUAUUCAUCGGCAGUUAAUUGAUGAUAUCGACGAAGAUGAACGAAGAAUUUGGCGUUUAACUAAAUAUUCAUAUUCAUCUCAAAUUUACAAUUCAUUUAUAAAUCUCUUUCAUUUUCUUGUUCCAUGGCCAAUUAAUCUCGUAACAACAUUGAUUUUGAUUAAGAAAAUAGCUCGUCGCCGUUUGAAUAUUUAUCCACAACAAUCAUACCAAGAUCAUUUUCAACGGCAAAUUUAUCGUCACCAACAUCUUUUGUAUGCACCUUGCAUGUUAAUCUUGUUAAGUUUGCCUCGUUUUAUUAUAUCACUCAGUAAACAAUGCAUGAAAUCAGCGCAUGAACCUUGGAUUUUUCUUAUUGGUUAUUUUGCUUCAUUUAUACCAUCAAUGAUGACAUUCGUUGUAUUUGUAUUACCAUCGAAAAAUUAUAAAAGUGAACUUCGUUCAUUCUAUGAACAGAAGUUUCGACGAUUUCGAAGAAAUCCGUCAUCUAUUUAUCCUGAAAUACAAAUGAAUUGA